AUUAAAUAUAUGUAUAAAACAACUUUAUUUGAAAAAGAAAAAAGAGAAACUAACCCAACAACAGCUUGUGACAACUGGUUUGUGAUCAUUUGAUUCAUUUCAUUGUUUCUCCUUUGCUUCAUUUAGAGACUUGGCGAAUUCAGAUUGUUUUGACCCAUUUUUUUUUAUACUUUGAAUCUAAGAAUCAAUUUGUGGAUCUGUGUUCAUUGAUGGCGGUGUCACCUCAGGUUUUCCCGCCAAGGAAGCGCCGGCCGUCGGCCGGAUCUUUCAUACCGCCGAACCUCUCCGACCGGAAACUGCUUCAAUCUCUCUUGCUGAUUUCUCGAGAGGUCUCAUCUCUACCAACUCUUCAACCACUCCUCAAGCGCAAUUCGUGUUCGAUCAUUAGAAAAACCAAGCUUCUCGCAAUCUUAUUCGAAGAGCUACUUCGCAAUAUGACAACCAGAUUUACAACUUCAAUUCGCUUGUGCUUUGAAGAACUGUACAUAGUUUUGCAGAGAAUCAAAACUUUGAUCGAAGAUUGCUCUAACGGAAGCAAGAUGUGGCUUCUCAUGCAAAUCGAAUCGGUCUCCAACACUUUUCACGAGGUGAAUGUAGAUUUGUCGACUCUGUUAGAUAUUUUUCCGGCGAAGGAUAUGAAUUUGAACGAAGAUGUUGCAGAAUUGGUGGUUUUAAUCAGAAAGCAGUGCUCGGAGACACAGACUUUUGUAGAUCCUAUUGAUGAAAAUCUAAGGCGUGAGGUAUUGAAAAUGCUCGAUCUGAUCAAGAGAGAGAUUGUUCCCGAGCAUUGGAAGCUAUCAGAGAUCUUCGAUCAGUUACAUUUACGCGAUUCAACUAGUUGCAGAGACGAAAUUGAGCGUCUCGAAGACGAAGUUCAAAAUCAAACAGAUGAGAAAUCGAAAGCUGAUGUGAUCGCGUUGAUCGGAAUAGUUCGUUACGCGAAAUGCGUAUUGUACGGAGCAUCAACGCCGAGAGCCACCAGCCAGCGACGGAAAUCGGUGGGCGACGUCAAUUUCCCGGCGGACUUCCGGUGUCCGAUAUCGCUCGACUUGAUGCGUGAUCCAGUAGUUGUAUCAACAGGACAAACAUACGAUCGAGCCUCCAUCAACCUCUGGAUCGAAUCAGGACACAACACGUGUCCCAAAACAGGUCAGAAGCUGACCCACACAGAUCUUAUCGCAAACCACGCGUUGAAAAACUUGAUCGCCAUUUGGUGCCGCGAGCAGAGAAUUCCGUUCGAAACAACCGCCACAAACGACCGGAAAACGAACGGCGUUUUGAUGAAUAAGACGGCGUUAGAGGCCACGAAGAUGACUGUGUCGUUUCUGAUAAACAAGCUAACGGUGUCACAAUCAACGGAAACGGCAAAUCGCGUCGUUCACGAGCUUCGGGCUCUGGCUAAGUCAGACUCGGACAGCCGAGGCUUCAUCGGCGAAGCUGGAGCCUUACCUCUCCUCGCAAAAUUUCUAGGCUCGGAUCAACCGAACCUCCAGCUAAACGCGAUCACGACAAUCCUCAACCUAUCAAUACUCGAAGCGAACAAAACGAAGAUAAUGGAGAUUGACGGAGUUUUAAACGGCGUUACUGAGGUGCUACGAUCAGGUGCCACGUGGGACGCAAAAGGAAAUGCAGCGGCAACGAUAUUCAGCUUGACCAGUGUACACGCUAAUCGAAAGAAGCUUGGGCGAAAGACACGUGUCAUUAAGGGAUUAGUGGAUUUGGCCAAAGAGGGUCCAAUUGGAUCAAAGAGAGAUGCUUUGAUGGCAAUGCUGGGAUUGGCGGGUGAUAGAGAGACGGUUGCGAAGUUAGUUGAGAGUGGAAUGGUGGAGAUAGUGAGUGAAGUGAUGGAUGAGAUAGCGGAAGAGGCUGUGACCAUUCUUGAAUUGAUGGUGAAGAGAGGUGGAUUAGUGGCUGUAGCUGCAGCUUACCAUUUGAUCAAGAAAUUGACAUUGGUAUUGAGGGAUGGGACGGAGAGAGCUCAAGAGAGUGCGGCGGCGACACUUGUGACUAUAUGCCGGAAAGGGGGUUCCGAGGCAGUGGCAGAGCUGGCCUCAAUUUCGGGCAUCGAGAGAGUGGUAUGGGAAGUCACUGGAACGGGUACUGGGAGAGCUCGGAGAAAGGCGGCGUCACUCCUGAGGAUUCUCCGGCGGUGGGCUGCUGGAUUGGUGGAUGGCAAUGUAGCUCAUGGGUACACCACAAUGUCAACUAGGAUAGUUUUGCCUGCUUAACCUUUGCUUUGUUUUAUUAUUAUUAUUUUUUUACCCUUUCUUUAAUUUGUAAAUCUUUCCCGUAAUUUGACAUUUUUUCUUGUCUAGUUCAUCCCAAUUGUAAUACGCCUUUAUAGAUUAUUAAUUCAUUUGAUUUCUUAAAGGCCAUGCAAUAAAGAUUCAUUUGUUUUUCUUA